AGAUGGUUGAUUUACCUGCUGGCAGUGGCAUGAAUGAGAAUGCAAUUCUAGAGAUGGAAGAUGAACUUGGUGGCAGUGUGUUACCUGCUGUGAAUGAUAUGGAUGAGAAUCCAAUUCUGCAGAUGAUAGAAGAAAUUGGUGGCAAUGAGUUCCCUGCUGUCAAUGGCAUGGAUGAGAAUGCAGUUCUUCAGAUGAUACAUAAACCUGGUGGCAAUGAGCCUGCUGCGAUAAAUAAUGCAGUUGAUGAUGACAAUAAUAAUGAAAAUAUGAUCAGUAUGUGGCUGUUGAGGCAAAUGAUGCAUCUGAUGACAAUGAUAGUGACAGUGAUAACGAUAGUGAUAGUGAUAGUGAUAGCGAUAGUGAUAGUGAUGGUGAUGGCGAUGGCAAUGGUGAUGAUAAUCCUUCUUAUAUCCAAUGUAGAUGAGGAAGAUGAUGGUUGAGAAGAAUUCAGACUGAGAAAAAGGAGCUAGCUCCAAAUCUAAGGUUUUUGCAAAGAAAAAGGUAAAUAGUUUCUUGUUUGUAGAUCAGAAUAUGGUAGAAGAAUUUCUCUUGUGACUUUCAUUUUGGGAAAAGUGCUUCUAAUCAAGGUUUGCUAAAGUUUAAUUUUGGUUCAUGGUUGACCCAUUCUUAUGAAAUUCUAUAUUCAUGGUUGUAAUAGCAUCUCAAUUUGAAGUAUAAUUUCCCUUCAAUUGUUUAGAAUGAAACAAUCAUUAUAUUAAUAUCUUGUUUAACCCUUCAUGCUGAGAACUAUCAGGCACCUCUCCUUUCAGCCAUUUCAGUACACAUGCAGAAUGUUAACCAUUUACUAUUUAUGCAAGCCAUUGUUCAUGAUUAAUCACCAUAGAAAUCUUUAAAAAUGAAUUGUAUUUGUUUGACAUUUGUGUGUUUGAACUACAAAAAUUAACCUGUUUGUUCCUUCUAUUAUGCCUUGUAUUCUCAAAAUCUAACCAUGCAUCUUCAGGUGAACAAAUGCAUUUUAAUUUUUCUAGUAUGCCUUGUGUUUGAACAAAUGCAUCUUCAGUAAAUCAAGUUUGCAAUAGAAAUAGAUUUCACACAAACUAAAGGUUUCUCUUCUUCCCUUCAAUUUGUAUUUCCUAACUAAUUGAUCAACUGUUUAAAUUGCAGGUAAGUUUUGAGGGGUCUGUUUUUUUUUCCUGCACAACUGAGUGCACACUUUGUUAUAUAUCUGUCAGAUAGAAAGGAUGAGAUAGUGAACACAAUCAAAGAGGCAGUAACCAAGAUACAUUAUGAUGCUGAAUAUCCUGGACAAAAACUCAGAGCUUGUAACUUGUACAUUUCUUCUAUAAGCCUGACUGCAACAAUAUCUAACGUGCACCAAAUGCACUGUUACUUUUAGUGACGGGAGCUUGGGGCCGUAUAUUUUUUUGGUUUUGCUUAUCUGUUGCAAUUUGAACAUGGAUCAUAGACAGCCAUUUCUUCAGCUACAUGUACAGCAGUAUCUUUUCUUUUUCUGCCCUAGGCAUUGUUAUAAUGUGCAUUAUAGUGAAUAUCCCGUUUUACUCUUCAAAUACAUCUGAUGUACACUAAAACCUUUAUCUGAACAACUUUGUAGACAUUGAAAUGAAUUACUU